GUCGAGGCGCCUGUGGAGAGGUGGAACAAGAUGCGGAUACUGUUCAUCAACAUCUACGUGGCGGUUGUGGCUUUGGUGACCCUCCGUGCACAGUCAUCAGAGGCAAAUGAACGUCAACAAUCAAAUGGAGAUCAACAUUUCCUAGAGACAGCAGAUGGGAAGAAAAUGCUAAACCUUAUGAACAAACAACUGCAAGAUUCACUGACUUAUCUGUAUACCAGUAAGCAGUAUGACAGCCAGUACUGGGAGCGCCCAGGUAUGGCAAAAUACCUGAAGGAACUGAGUGAUAAGGAAUGGGAAGAAGGACUCGACACAUUGAAGAAGUACAUGCAACGUGGAGGAAAGAUUGGAGACUUCAGAAGCCAAAUGAAAGUAGAGGCUAAGGGUCAGUUUCGUUCCCCCAACAAUGAAAUUCAGAACGACGAUAUGCCGGAGAGUUUGAAAAAGAUCCAUAAAGAUUCUUCGAGGAAAUUUAAUAUGAGAAACAGGCUCAUGAAGAAAGCUUGCACCAAAGACGCAGAGAUCUGCCAUUUCCUUGAGGAGGGUCUUGCCAAAGAGGCCGAAAGGAUGUACGAAAUGAAGAGCUACCAGACCAUUGCAACGGGUCUGAUGUCCUCAGGCGUGGGGCUCAGUCUGUUUGACGCUAGCUUGUAAAUUUGCCACUUGUCUUUCGAUAUUUUAGUUGGUUAUGGAUUCCUUUGUUGUGAGUCGUUCAAGUUUCUCUAAUGUGACUUCUAGCGAAAGCACAAUGAUAUUCAGGCUGUGUGAUUCGAUUUUUUUUUCACUCGAUAGCGCAUUCUUCUUGCUUUUACUGUUUACUUUCAUAACGGAUGAAUGUGUCAGUUAUAUUAUUAUCCCACAACUUAUGUAUGUAGAACACACUUAAACUCUGUUUAAGAACAGUUAUCAUUAAUUUUGAUGAUAAACGACAUGUAAUACCAGCCUUCAAUAAAAUGACAGAAGCGA